UUAUCCGCUUAGAGCCGAAGCGGGCACCAGACCUGUACUAUGAUCAUGAUGAUAUAGGCCUACUGCCAGCUAUAGCUUUUGAGGAAUGGAUGAAGCCGUGCAGGCUAGAACUUACCAGUUUAUUAGAUAGAAAUACAUAGUUCGGAGCUUUGAGGUUUAACUUCGUGGUAAUUGUUCGUAGAGGAUAAAGAUACCAGGAUUGAAACUCACUGUGAUUGGAAGCUAUUCACGGUUAGGACUAAUCUUUUAACAUGAAAGGAUAAAGUUUUAGCCACUUACAUGACUUUAAAAUUGUUCCUGGUGAUCUUUCGAAACGGACAUGGGUGGUACUGGAUGCAACAGAAAGCUACUGUAGAAUCAUGAAUUGAUGAACUGCUAUUGAUGAUAACAUCUAGUAGCAACCAAGCUAAACGCUACGUUGAUGGUUCUGGAAUUGGGGCAGUUAAGUUGUUAGCAGAUACCGAAUUGGUCAUCAUAUAUACUCUGGGUAAUUCUCUAUAGGUUCGACUGCAACUGAGCUAAUUUGUUUCUGGGUUUCCUCUUAACUUUCAUACAGAAGGAGUACAUUGUAUUGUUGGUCCACAGGAAAUUUCCUGGUGUUGAAGUUAGCAAGGAGUGGUCAAACCGAUAGCAACUGAUAUAAAACCGGACUAUUCGAGUAACCCAUUUAUCUGGAGUAACGGAACCUUUUUCUUGCUGAAGAGAUCUCCCUGCGAGGAUGUCUCGAGGUCGGUGAUUGGUAGCUUUAUUUAGGCACGCUCAAACUUCUGAUGUUUACAGGGGGCAUCGAGAUGGCUGAGGGGCCACCCCACGCGGCAGGGAAGUACUCGAAAGUCUCAUCAACAUCCAAUAUGAAUAGUUUAUUAAACAGUGACAACAAGGCAGCGGAAAAACGGUUGCAGCCGAGUAACGACUCCGAACUCCAAGCGGAACAGAAGCCACCAGAACAGGAGGAGUUGGAAACAUAUCCGGAAAAACCAGCAAGUUAUAUCUGGCUCUCUAUACUCUGUCUAUUCUACAACUUCGCUGCUGGGAUAUUUGCAUUAGUAUUCUCAAUUCUUUCGGACAAUGCUUGGAGUAGAGAUGACACGCCCACGGCACGGAGAUACGGCAGGAUAGCACUGUUACUGUGCGUCAUCGGUGUCAUAAUAACUAUACUGAUAGUCAUCAUAGUACUUCCUAUAAUACAGACCAAGCCUGUCUGAUUCGGAGGAAAAGGGUCAUAGUAUUUCCUGUAGUACAGACCAAGCCAUGAUAUUGACUGAUGCGGAGGAAAAAGGUCACCGGACUUCUUUUCGAAGUCAAGUCAGUGAAAAGUUGGCGACGCCAGCACGAAGUAGGCCUACAUGUGGUUCGCAGCAGUUGUGAUGCUCCCUCUGCUGAGCAAAAAUGCUGGGAUACUUGCAUUGGCGGCGCAUGUGGGAACAGUUUGUAUUCUGAAAACAUCAACGACCGUAUACAUGCAGGUUAACAAUCAUGUAAGUUUUCGGCUCCCUACGGGGUUUUGGUGUUCACCUGCAUUUUAUUUAUAUGAUAUCCUGUCUCACUGUUAUUCGGAGAAAACUAAGACUGCUUCACCGAGAAACAGUGAGUGUCGAUGAACCAAUCUCGAAAGCCUUCUUUCGGCGGCACAAUCGGUCGCGCUCAGAUUUCUCACGGAAAAUGAGAGACGAUGCCGUCGGAAACGGAGCUCGAGCAGGACAUCGGCGACGAAACGGAAUUAUCAACGUAUUACGAUGUUACGUUUACAUCAGUUUCCUUCAAGGCUCAAAUCGAAUGAAACUCAGCCCCAGUGUUAAAAACCGGUAGGCCUACUGUAUAAUUCGAGUAAGGAAAAUGAUCAAAUGGUUCCAUCUUAUGAUCUACAUGUACACUUCUUAGUUGGCUGGUAACGUCGGAGUUUAUGCAUUUGACAGUUGAAGACGCUGCAAUUGGAUUUUUGAAGUCAGGAUUUGUCAAUAAUAUUUCGUUAUUCCCAAUCUGAUUCAUAAGGCUGGUGUAUUCAUCAGGGCAUUCUUGUAUCAAAGUAUCUUUCAUUCAAUUCAAAUAGACUUAUUCGAGCUCAGUUGUAGAUUAGCAGCAAGCACUGUAAGCCGGACUGUCCCCUCACCAUGUCCACAUUUCUAUUUCGUUGUUGUCCUCAAAUCAUAUACUUCCCAUCUUGACCCUCAAGCCUUGGAUCCACUCCGCCGACCCGGACUCCGUUACACCAAUGAGGGGAGGUAACGGACCGAUUAACUCUGAUGGUUCCGGGCCGAGACUUAACAUAUUAAGCCCUUUUGGCUUCACCAAUAUGAUUAUACCUCACAAUGACAACUCCAUUGGGCCUAUUUCAUUGUCGUUCAAGUAGGAAAAACUUGUAAGCAUCCAUGACGUUCAACUUUUGUAUCCUCCCUGUCGUAUUCUCGGGUGCAGUAUUAUUCCAAUGUAUAUUGACAUGUU